AUGGGCCGCCUGGAUUGGGCGCAAGUGUCCUUUGCAGCAUGCGUGCUGGUCAACAUGGUUGAUGUCAUGGGCGUGUAUUUCACAGCACCUGUCAUAGUACCCUACGGCCAGCAGAUCGGUGCGUCGACAUCUGAGAUAGCCGGGUUUUCGACUGUGCGAUUUGGUUUGGCCUUAGUCUCGUUGUUGUGGAUGCCCAGGCUGGCAGACACAAGAGGCGUCAAACUGUGCCUCCUAAUCUCCGUUUUGGGAACUGCCGUUGCAUAUGGCAUCCAGGGCAAUGCCUACCUUCUUGGUGGCUGCGACCGACAAAUGCAUUCCCUGGGGCCAGGAGAUGAGAUGGCUCUAUGGCCAGGACACAUGUGUACAGUGGUCAACGGUACCAUCAGCAUCUCAGAAGAAGCAGCUGUUGCUACUGCAGUGGGCUUUGGAGGCUUGCUCGAGUGCGCUGUAGCGUGCAACAACAAAAACGGUGUCUAUGCCAUGAUGGCGGGUCAAGCACUCGCUGGUUUUUUUGGCGGCACGCAGCCAGUUCUGCGCGCUUUUGUCACACAGAUCUCUCUUCCUGACAUGGUGCUCGUGAAGCUCCGCAACACCAUUCUGUUUGCUUCCUUGCAGGCUGGGAAUUUUGCUCUGGCGCCAAUUGCAGGAGUUAUCAGCCGAUUUGGGCUGCACUGGCCGUGGUAUGUAUCUACUGCCGUUGCCGUGUUGUGUUUCCUCUUUGUCGCCGCCUUCUUCAAGAACCUGCAGAAAACUCCUGAUGUGGAAGAAGGCGACGGGCAAGAUGACGAUGCAACGGCAUCACGAAGUAUCACCACCUAUUACGGACCGCCUCCAAUCAAAGACAAGAUACUCUGGAUCAUGUUGCUGGCGUAUUGGUGCAUUUUCCAGUGUGUCUCCGCGUUGAUACUAUUACUGCCAUUGCUUCUGGAGUAUGAGGAGUUUGGCUUUACGGAUCUUUCAUCACCUGAGACAUCUAGAGAGAAUGUAGCUGCAGCCACCUCAAUGGUUAUGGUACCGCACGGCCUCGCAAACUUGGUGAUGUCUACCGUGGGCUUCAUGAUUGUGUCAUCCAAGGUUGGGGACCGCGCAACCAUGAGAGGUGGUGCAGCAUUAGCAUCAGUGCUGCUGUGCCUAUAUGGCGUUGCCUCGAGCCAGUUGUGGCAUCUACUCGUCCUGCACGGCAGCAUGGGGGUUGGGCUGGGGCUCAUGGUUCCUGCUAUUGCACCGACGCUAUUAAGAUACAACACAAUGGCUCAUCCAGACAAGGCUUCACAAGCUGCCGCGCUACCUUUGGUGGGUAUGCAGAUUGGCCAAGUCCUUGGGCCAAUGCUCUUCGGUCUGAUCAUUGGAGACUCACACAAUCGUGCUAGGAUGAACUUCGCUUGGCUGGUUGCGGGCCUCAGCUUUCUCACCGGCGCCUUGCUUGUAGACCUCUGCUUUGCGCUGAUUCAGAAACAUCCGGUCACAAGGCGAUUGACGCUUUCACCUGACCAGCUCAAGACUAUGCUCGAGACCAACGCAAAGGAUGAGGAGGUCUUUGUUGAUGACAUGUGUAAGCUUCUUCGCGGAAUGCUGACACACGGUAACCCAGAAUAUCGGGGAUUGAGGCUUUGGUCCGGUCAUGCGCAGAGGUUUGUGGAGCGCGUCCUCCGAGAAACCAUCCCAAAGCUGCGGCAAGAUCCAGAGGAAUAUUUGGAGGAUGCGGCAGCCUGGAUCAGCAAAGUUGGCACCGAGGCAGAGCAGGAUUUCUUCUAUGCCAGAUUUCCCCAUGUUUCCCGGAACAGGAGGUGGCAAAGCGACACUUCCGUGGCACAGCAGCAGUUCAUGGAUGCCAUCGCCCAAACAACGACGAGCAGAUCCAGUUCUUGCUCUGAUUGA